AUACACCAUGUCUCGUCACUAUUUUCCACGAACGGGAACUUGUUGUGGCCAAGAAGUCGACUUCAAAAGGUCGCCCCUGCCUCAUGCCCACGAAUUUGUUCUAUACUCGCAAAUAUAGUUCUUUUUCCAUCUGCCACGCGUGAAUUGUUAAUAUCAUUGUUGACCUACCUAAAUUUGUAACAUCCUGCUCAAUUCGCCGUGCGCAUCGGCACCAUGGCGCUCCCUCCCAAAGUCUACCAGUGGCUUAUCGGCGUCUUUGCGUCGCUCGGCUCGGCCACCUACGGCUAUGACCUGGGCAUCAUAGCGCAGGUGAUCUCGGCGCCGUCCUUUGUCAAGCGCGUCGGCGACAACCCGGCCGAGAUUGGCGGCAUCGUCUCCAUCUUCACGGGCGGAGCAUUCUUUGGCGCGCUGGCCGCGGCGCCGACCGCCGACCGCCUCGGCCGCAAGCUGUGCAUAAUGAUGGGCGCCACCAUCUUCAUCGCGGGGGGUCUCCUGCAGGCGCUGGCGCAGAGCACGGCGUACAUGAUGGCGGGCCGCGGCAUCGGCGGGGUGGGCAUCGGGGCCAUGAUCAUGAUCAUUCCCGUGUACCAGGCGGAGCUGACGCACCCCAGCAUCCGCGGGACCGUGACGGCGCUGCAGCAGUUCAUGCUGGGGGUGGGGGCGCUCUUUGCGGGGUGGUUCUCGUACGGCAUGACGGUGGGGGUCUCGGACGACGACGAGAACCAGUGGCGCAUCUCGCUGGGGCUCCAGGUGGUGCCGGCGGGGGUCCUCGCGCUGCUCAUCAUGCUGUUCCCGGAAUCGCCGCGCUGGCUCAUCGACCACGGCAGGGCCGACGAGGGGCUGCAGACGCUGGCCAGGCUGCACGCGCACGGCGACGUCGACGACGCCUGGGUGCGGGCCGAGUACUCGCAGAUCAGAGAGUCGAUCGACGCGGAGCACGAGGCCGAGGCCAAGUCGUACGCGGAGCUGUUUCGCGACCGGUCCUGCCUCCGGCGGCUCUGGCUGGCGGCGUCGAUCCAGGCGUCGGUGCAGAUGACGGGCGUGUCCAGCAUCCAGUACUACAGCGUCGCCAUCUUUGCAAAGAUGGGCAUCUCGGGCAGCGACACCCUCAAGUACCAGGGCAUCUCUGGCGUCUGGGCCCUGGUGGCGCAGGCCCUCUGCAUGGCCUUUGUCGACCGUCUGGGCCGCCGCUGGCCCCUCAUCCUGGGCAACGCCUUCAACUGCAUAUCCUUCAUCGUCACCACCGCCCUGCUGGCCUCGUUCCCGCCGGGAGAGUCUGGCGGCAACAUGUCCGCCAGCUGGGCCUUUAUCGUCAUGACCUGGCUUUACAACUUUUCCUUCAGCGCCACCUGCGGCCCGCUGUCGUGGAUCAUUCCCGCAGAGAUCUUUGACAUGAAGACGCGAGCCAAGGGCGUCAGCAUCGCCACCGCCGUCAGUCUAGCCUUUAACGCCAUGAUCGGACAGUGUUCGUCUCUUGCAUUGGAUGACGAGACAGGGAUAGGCUGGCGGUGGUAUAUUUUGUUUAUUGUUUGCAACGCGACCAACGCCAUCUAUUUCUGGGCGGUGCUCCCCGAGACUGCGCGCCGGCCCCUCGAGGAGAUGCGCUACCUCUUCACGGAAGCGCCAUUCUUCAUCCCGACCAUGGACCCCAGCAGGGCGUACUCGAACGACCUAGCCGACAGGCUCGAACAAGCAGAGCGAAAGCAGGAUGCGGCGGUCGAGGGACGUGACGAAACGCACGUUUGAAUUGACAGACGCGCUGGAUGCAUGAUGACAAAAAAAAAAGAAAUAGAUGAGCCCGGCCGAGUUGACCGCUUUUGGUGCGACUUUUAACCGAAUGUCACCGCUUGGCGGGCAUGAAUUGCCGAUCUUGGCGCAUAUUCGGAUCUGGAUUUUGAAGAAAACGAGAGAGGAUAAGAUUAAGGAUAAGGAUAAGAAUAAGAAUAAGAAUUCGAAUACGACAAAUCAGCCAGGGGGUUUUGUUUCUUGCUCGGAUUGGCACCCGAACCCCUCCCAGGCUUUUACCUAAUUUGUUUGCCUUGCAG